AUGAAUUCGAUGUUCAGUGCCUUCGACGCCAUGUGUGCAGAGAUUAUGGGGAAGAAAGUCACUGCUAAUUCUUAUGUCUACCGCUCUAAACGCAACGCUGUUUCUUCUUCCGGCGGCGGCGGUCAAACCGCGUCUUCUUCUUCGCUCAAGAAAGAUGAAAAAGCUUCCGAUUUGGCUUCCAAGCCACCGAGGUAUGCUCUCGAGCUCGACGAAUCAUCCAUGGUUGAUUGA